AGAAGCGGCAGCUGUCAAACCUAAAAGCAAUGGCGGCGCGUAUUCAGGAAGGGUUUCUCUGCGCCGGGGUCAGCUGUUAAGGUCGUUACCAGCCGGAAACAGCAGCGAAAACACUCGUCCAGAUGUCUUAAGUUGCACAAUGAAAGGUGUUAAAAGGAAUAACCUCAAUAAAACCAUCAUGGCUGGAUAUAAAGACCCUGACACGGAGCUGCGCAGUGCUGCCGUUACUGUAGCGACGCUGCGAUGAGCUCGUGCGCUGCGUAAACACCGAGGUGCUGCUGCUCUGCUGCCGAGUAAAAGCUUCCAGCUCGGGUUAGCUGCGUGGCUAACUAGUCAAAUACUAGCUGAUUGAGAAUGCGCUUCUCUAUGUUUACACCCUUCGUGACGAGUUGGUUAAACGUUGACCCGUGACGUAUGUUAUGUUUUCACGCGUGAGCAUUUCGCCGAGCUUCUCAGAAGAAAACACGACCCGCUUAUCCUAGCCGGUUUUUAAGGAGUUUAACUAAAAAAAAAAUCCUAAAUAGGCAGAAUGACGGAAUCUGACGGACAUAUGGAGGAGGACGGGAGGACCUCAUCGUUCCCUCCGCCGCCGCUGUCACACCGAGAGCGAUUCCCGGUGCAGAAGAACAACGUCUGCUCACGGUCAUACUUUGUAGUGGUUAUGGUUUUCUUCCAUGUCUACAUCCUCAAUGUCAUCGCCCUGCUGCUGUAUGUGCAUUACAACACCGGCUCGGAUGCGAGCGCUUCCUCCUCCAGCAGGGAUUACAGCAGCCGGAUCACUCCUCCUGAAGACAAGGGGCGUCCUGCUCCUCACACACACACUCCUCACACACACACUCCUCAGCAUCACCUUCCUCACACUCACCUGCCGCGCAUCGAGGGAAUACGGGUUGGUCAUGUGCAAAAAGUGUCUCUGGUGCCAGGAAAAGUGCAUGAGAUGAAGACACUCAGUCUAAAGCCUCUGCUCUUUGAAAUUCCCGGUUUCCUAUCAGAGAGGGAGUGUGCAGUGGUGAUGAGUCUGGCUCAGCUGAAGGGCCUGGUGGAAAGUCAAGUCAUGGUGCCCGAGGGACAAGAAGAGCUCAGCCAGCAACUCAACCUCAGCGCUGAAGAGAUCUUCCAUUUGCUUGACCUCAAUCGGGAUGGCCAGCUGCAGCCACACGAGAUUUUAACACAUUCCAGAGUGAGAGACGGUAUCUGGAUGACUCCUGAAAACCUUAGGGAGAUCUACGCUGGCCUCAAAGUGGACCAGGAUGGUAAUGGUCUUUUGAGUGUAGAGGAGUUUGGGAAGCUGAGCAGUGACGCAUUCCAGCGCUUUCUACACCAGCGGGGAGUGAACAGGAACCAGUUGGUGAGGAACAGCAGACACACAUGGCUCUACCAGGGUCAGGGAGCACACCAGGUCCUCAGAGAUCUCCGCAACAGGGUCACACAGUUAACAAGGCUUCCAUCAGCGCUGGUGGAGUUAAGCGAACCUCUCCAGGUGGUGCGUUAUGAGCAAGGUGGUCAUUACCAUGCUCAUCACGACAGUGGGCCAGUUUACCCCGAGACAACCUGCACCCACACUCAUCUCACUGUCAACUCUUCCUCACCCUUCCAGACUUCCUGCAGGUACAUUACUGUACUGUUUUACCUGAACACAGUAGAAGAAGGAGGGGAAACCACUUUUCCAGUAGCAGACAAUAGAACGUAUGAUGAAGUGUCUCUUAUUCAAGAUGAUGUAGAUUUACUGGACACAAGGAAGCACUGUGAUAAGGGAAAUCUGAGAGUGAAGCCUACAAUGGGCAAAGCAGUGUUCUGGUACAACUAUCUGUCUGAUGGAAAUGGCUGGGUGGGUGAACAGGACGAGUAUGCACUACAUGGAGGCUGUGUUGUUACUCGAGGGGUAAAAUGGAUCGCCAACAACUGGAUCAAUGUUGACCCAGACUACCAACGUCAAGCCCGGUAUGAGCAGCUCAUGUCUCAGCAGCCGGAAUCUCAGGAGCAGCAUCACAAAGACACACACCAGGACCUGUAACGACCUACAUGUAUUUAACAAGACGUACAAAACACAUACAUUUGCAGGUCCGCAAACGGACAAGUAUCUGUAAACAGAUACAUAUAAACAUGGGUAGCACGCACACACCCAGGCAUGCACAAGCGCAUACAGAAACACUGUGCUGAAGCAUGCACAUGCAGAUAUACAAACAAUCACACGGUGUGUACUGUAUGGACAGCCAUACGUACGUAUACAUAAUAGAAGGGCCUACUGGGACACAGGGAUACAAUUUUAAUAGUUGCACAUGUGGUACAGUGUACUCUGUGCAGACAUAAAGUAUUUUAUUAAUUUCACCAAUAGUUAUGUUGUUAUAAGAAAUUAAAUGUGUCAUUGAUAGUUUCAUUACAGAUUAUCUGUAUGAGCACACAGACAAACAGAGAGAGAAAGAGAGAGAGAGUGAAGUUGAGCAAAGCAUCUACUGAAGUUUAAAGACUGGGCUUACUUUCUGGUUAAAAAAAUAUUCAUUUCUGACGUUUUUUUCAUGACACAUUUUUAAUAUUGUGUUAUUCCUCACAAAAUGUAUUUUACCCUAGUGAUUGUCAUCCAAACAUCGCCUUGCCAAAGUCUUUGUUGCAUCUUUUUAAAACCCAGCUUGGCGUAACCUGUACAUACACAUAUUCGUGUGGGCUCACGCUUAUUAGGGGUGUACCGAUAAAGCAUAUUGUAUUUUAUUCAGUAUGAGGCUCUUGCUUUGAUAUGUCUGCUUAACAAACAGUACAUUUACCAGACUGUUUUUUACAAGCCAGUAUGCAAGCUAACUAGUGUAGCAUAUUAGCUUGAGGAAAAACUUGUGAGUCACCCAAAAAAAAAAAAACUUAGCUUUGUUUAAAUCCCUGACAUUCUAAUGCACAGCUUUUGUUUUUGUCAUAUGCUGCUAAGAUUCUGGAUGGAUCGCACAAUCACUGUGUUACUAUUAAGAUAUAGUUAUUGCAUUUUCUAAUAUCAAAGUUUUAUUUAAUUGAAAAUGGAAACCUAAGAUCAUAUGUACGUAUACAGACAAUUCUGACUAUUGCUGUAUCGGAGUGUCGUUUUAAAUUGAAGUUUUGUGUAUUGUUACACCCCUAAUACUUACUUGCACAUAGAAAUAUACAUUUGCUUACAUUGAAAAAUACAUUGAGAUAUAAACAUCAAACCUGACUGUAGCAUAACAUCACCUACAGUAUGAGACAUUUAAUCUUUAUUGUUUAAAUCUAAAUUACCUUUGUAGCACUGUGUUGCAUUUAAGAAAUUGAAGAAAUUAAUCAUAUGAUUGAUGAACAAAGAAGUAGAGCCCAGUUUUCAAGCUGAUUUCUUCAGAAGAAGUAAUUACCAGCAUUUACAGUUGUCGGCUCAUCCAUACUGUAAGUUAAGCCUUCUGGUCAAACAUUAAAUUUUCCUGGUCCUGAUUUACAACAUCAUAUUUUUAAAAUCCGUUUUAAAUACUAAUGAUCUUUUUGAGUGACCAAGUCCCCUCUGAAAGUUUUGGAAUGGCAAGCUUACCUUUUCAUUUUUCAUUAAUUUCACAUAUUCAAGUUAUUGGAACAUGUGAUUAAUAGAUUUUGUUUAAACGAUAGGUCUGAAUGUGUUUUUGGUUUAAUCCCUGAGUUUUACCUAUGAAGACUAUUUCUUAAAAGUAUAAACCAACACUGAGACUGGAGAGAUGUGUGUGGGAGAAAAGCAAGCAAUGGAUCUGAAUGAUUUUCCCUUAAAAAAAAAAAAGUAAAAAUCAUUCGGAUCCACUGCACAAGCAUUGGACAAAGCUAGUACUAUAUCUUGAAAUGUAUAUAUCUUUAUCCUAUUAAGGGGUAUAAAUCACUGGCAUACUUGGCCAAGGAAGAAAACAGCAGUUAAUGACAGAAUCACUGAAAUAAAAAUCAAACCCCUCAUCAGUAAGAAGAACUGGAAGGUCAAGUUGGAAUUUGCUAAGAAAUACAUGAAAGAUUCACAAAUGUUCUGGAACAAAAAUAAACCUUUGAAUUGAUGUAAAGGCCAAAGUGUGAAGAAAGAAAUUAUCUGCUCAUGAUCCAAAACAUGAGCUGCUUCUGGAACAAACUUAAUAAUCCUUAUUGAAGAUGUAACUUAUAAUGGUAACAGUAAAUUGAAUUGUAGACCAGAAGUCUACAAAAACAUUGUCAGUCAAUUUACAUAGAAGUGCCUACAAUCUUAUUAAGAGAAACUUCAUCAUGCAGCAAGACAAUGAGCCAAAACCAACUGCUGGCUCAACGAAGCACUUCAUUGGGGGAAGAAAGUUGGGAUUUAGGAUUGCAAUCGCCAGAUCUUGGCCCAAUUGAGAAUGCAUUUCACAUCCUAAGGAAGAGAGUGAAGGGGAAAUCACCCAACAAUAAAAUAACCUGCAGUACAAACCAGGAAAAGUAUCACAGAAAAAAAAAUGCAACAGCCUGUUGAUGUCAGUGGGUUAUUAUCUUGAUGUAGUUACUGCAAGCAAGGGAUAUUAGGGCAACCAGAUAUUAAGUGUUACGUACUGUAAGUGCAUCUGUUGCUUUUGGUUGUCUGCUAUAAAAGGUGCCAUGUUCUAUGUUGUUCAAUUCGUCUAAAUGAAAACUGAAUGUCUGAAAGCAGAAAUCCUCUUUCUGAUUAAACCUAAAUGUCUUCAAUGUAUACCCAAAAAAUGCCAUGCCAUUCCAGUACUUCUGGAGGGCGCUGUUUGUCAACAUUCCAAUUAUUUGUUUACUUUUCCAGAUAUUGCGCAAGUGUGUAGCAGCAUGCUCAUUUCUCCUCAGUUAGCUUGAUGGAGUUGUUACUCGGAGAGGUCAAAAUUAGGAAAGCAAACAAGCACUCAAAGAGACACAUUGGAGCAGAAAUUCCAUCAUAACACAAAUGAUUUUCAAACCAAUCUAAUUUAUAGCACUACACAGCAGAUACAGAAAUGCACACAGACACACACACACACACACACACACGCACAUCUAGAGAGACACGGGUCCUUAAGUAGUAUAAGUAACUAAUAAUGUACUUGCAUGAUGUUGAUUUCACAUCCUGUGUCCCACAUUCAGGACUUAGUCAAGCUUUACCUAACCAUUCCCAAGAUAUCUGGACUGACUGACUGACUGACUGUAGAUGUUAGAUUCAAUUCAGGGACAAGAGCCUUGAUUAUUUAUGCAAAGAAAGACAAGACAAUAUUUUGUUGCUUGGCUCAACAUUGGAUCUCUUAAUGAGGUCCGUGAAGCAUAGCCAAUGUGUGUGUGAUUUUUAUUUAUUUAUUUUUAUUUUACUUAAUCUUAAUUAGUAUAUUUGUUAUUUAAUGGGUUCAUUCCAGACCUCAAUAAUUCAGAAGAGGAAGACCUGUCUGUUGGACUUAAUGUUCUUUUGAUGGACACUUAACGAAUAGGUAGCUGUACAGCUCUAAUAAAAUAGACUAAAACAAACCUUGGGAUUAAUACAAAAACCUUGAGAACCACUGCUGUAAAACACUGAAGGCACCAUUAUUUAUUUAUUUAUUUAUGUAUUUAUUUAUUUGUUUAUUUAUUUAUGGAAAUGCAGCCAUAUUUUAUAACAUUUGUUUACAUAUUUAUGCACUACAAUACCUCCCAAGGAGUGUGAAAGAUUGUUCACCUAAGUUUUCAUUGGAUAAAAGAGAUUUGUUACAUGUAUGCUUUUACAUCAAUGGAGAAAACGGAUGUCAUUAGCCUCAGUCGGUUAUACUGUAAUUUUAUGUUCAUGAGUUCAGUCAGCUACCUAAGACGUGUAAAGAAUGUGUGGUUGUACACCACGUCUCACCUAACAUGAUCUGUCUCUUACAUCUGUUCCAUCAUAGCAUGUCUAAACUAAGGCUUGAGCAAACACACACUCUGUACAUGGGUUGUGAUUAUUUAUUAAUAUUUAUUUAAUCUUCAUUUUUAUUUCACCACAAGAAAGUCACAUCUUUUAAUUGUUAUUUAUGUAAAUGUGACAUUGCUGCAAGGUUUUCAGAAGUCACAAAAUGUUAGCAGUCUGUCAUUUUCUUUGAACAUAUUAAGAUGGUAAUUUUUAAAAUAAUAAAGUUAAAUAUAGAUUAAAAAAG